CUCUUCCUGUCGUCCUGCAGAGCGUCAUGUCGAAACUCAAGAAGAAGGCGCUGCUCAUGGGCCGCUCAGGCUCGGGCAAGACGUCCAUGCGGUCCAUCAUCUUUUCGAACCAAGUUGCUCAGGACACUCGCCGUUUGGGCGCCACAAUCGACGUAGAAGCCACCAACAUCAAGUUCCUCGGCGAGAUCUCCCUGAAUCUGUGGGACUGCGGCGGUCAAGAGAGUUUCAUGGACUCUUUCCUGUCAUCACAGAGGGACAGUAUCUUCAGAGACGUUCAUUCGCUAAUUUACAUCUUCGACGUCGAGUCCAGUCAGUUUUCGACACUCGACAUGCACUAUUUCGCAGAAUGCCUCUCUGCCCUGCGCGCCAAUAGCGGCGCUCCCAAGUCCACGUCAUCAGCAGGACCGAUGGUCCACGUACUCAUACAUAAGAUGGACCUCGUCCCCACGACAUCUAGACAGGAGGUCUUUGCCAAGCGAAGCGAAGAGAUCCGAUCGAAAUGCAGAGAAUACGACUGGCAGGAUGUCAGGAUAUUCGCGACCAGUAUCUGGGAUGAGACGCUCUACAAGGCAUGGUCACAUCUCGUAUCGACCUUCAUACCCAAUGUUAAUUCGAUCAGAUCCCAUCUGACUCGAUUUGCCGGUUUGUGCCAAGCCGACGAAGUCGUUCUCUUCGAGCGGACGACGUUUCUCGUGAUCAGUCGUUCCACCCUCAACUCUGACGAGCCCGACUCGCUCAGUGUCGCCCAGCGACGGCCGCCAACAUCCGAGCAAUGGGAGGCCGAACGAUUCGCAAAGAUCAGUCAGUUCGUCAAGACUUUCAGGUUGAGCUGUUCGACUGCCUUGCGGUCUUCCUUCCAAACGAUGGAGAUCAAGGAAGCGUCCUACUCUGCCGUCUUUGAAGUCUUGACUGCGAAUACAUACAUCCUCGUCGUUAGUACCAAUCCAGAUGUGCAGCCCGCCGGCCUCUUGCUCAACAUCAAGCUAGCGCGGCCGCACUUUGCCCGCUUGCAGGAGACAUCAUGGGGACUGCAAUGUCAGGGCCCGGCUGGCCAGGCCGGCCAGGUCGCGUCGCGUGCUUCUGGCGACAGCAAGCGAAGAGGCACUACUCACUUUUGCGAGAGUCACUCUCGCGCUCAUAUGCUAGACAGAGGGCCUCAGCCGCAGCCUGUUGAUCCGUCUGCAGUAUACAAGCCAUCUCCAUCCCAGCGCAUCGAAGCCUUUUAUGCUGUCGCCAGCGGGAGCGCGCCCAAUGACGGCAUGCAAGCAGAAACCGGUCCUGCUGGGGCUGGAAGGACGGCAGCGCUUAGCUCGAGCGAUGUGCAAAUAAGCAUUGACCCCAAACGGCAAGCGACUGGUGGCGCGGAGACGAUCAGCAACCGAAGUAGCUCUGGAAUGACUGACGAGAUAGCGGACGGUUCAGACCAGCCUGGCCAAAACAGACAUGCUGAUACUUCCGUCACGACGUUGAGCUCGAGCACAAGCUUGAACACGACGAAUCUACAGACUGCCCUGUCUCCUCCGCCUCUGUCUGCGUCAGGUUCGACUUGGUCGCAACUGUUCAGCCCACAAGGUUACCAAGGUAGAGAGAUGUCGCCAUUGCCCUCGCCUGCCGUCGGCGGUAGCUCACCGCAUCAGGAGUCAUUCGGCACUCGCUUCUUUGUCGAUACACGGCCCUAUAGAUCGGCAUCCGUCACAUCAUCGAACGAUCAGCCCGAAAGCGAAUUACUCAGUUCAGCCAGCAAGUCGAGAUCGAUCAGCGGCAGCGCUGCACCGCCAUCAGGCAAGAAGACCCUCGAUUUCUUCUCUUCGUCGACGACUUCUGCUGUCAUGCCACCGCCAUCAGUCUUGAGCGCGUCCGCUGGCUCAGUCGCCGUGUCACCUGCUGUCAACCAUGGCACUACGCGGUCCUGGACAGAGAACAUCGAGCCGUUCAUUGUAACGUCGAGGCCCAAUUCGCCAUCGCUCUCGCAGCUCUUUCUCUCGCAAUCGACGAGCUCUGCGACGGAAUUGGCGAAAUCGCCUCUGUCAUCAUCUGCCUCGAUGCGCGGGUCCGCAUCAGACUCAAAACCGUUGUCAUCGAAUAGUGCGCGAUCUAGGAGAAGCGGGUCUCCUGAUGGAUCAUACGAGUGGCAAGCCAGCGCCAUCACUCAUCCCCCGUCUCGUAUGCCGACUCUGCUGCACCACAGUCAUACCAGUACCCCUGGACGGAGGAGCGCGCAUGCGCAAUCGCUCGCAAUCGCGCCAGACGAUGUCUUUACUAGCAAGCCCACAGCCAGCCGGCCCAUGUACAGUCAAAGCAACGUUGCAACGGGCUCAGCUGUCACGCCCGGCACGAUGCUCAACAAGCGCUUUCUCGUCACGAGGCUAGCGGGGAAAGGCGCUUUCAGCAGGGUGGUCAUUGCCGACGACCAACAGAGCAAUGGUAGCAGCGUCGCCAUCAAGUUGGUCGACCGUCAGAGCUAUUCGCGAAAUGAGCGAAUGAAGAUCAGUGUGCAGCGAGAAGUUGAAGUACUAAGGCACAUACGCCAUCCGUCCUUGGUCCAUUUGCUAACGACUUUCGAAUCGCCUACUGACACUUGUCUGGUUCUGGAAGCCUGUCACGGUGGCGAGCUCUUUGACUUUCUCAAAGAUCAUCACGUCCAUACCUCGGAGGCUCUCGCACGGAGGAUCGUCGGGGAAUUAUCGGAAGCGGUACGAUGGAUGCAUAGCAUAGGCUUGGUGCAUCGGGACAUCAAGCUGGAGAAUGUACUUUUGACUUGCCGGCCGUUCGAGAGUGUGCCGGGUCUGCCAAUGCCGCCACCCGACAUGCUGCCUGAUCUGCAGACGCCCUUCGUCAAGCUCACCGAUUUCGGGUUGUCACGGUUUAUCGACUUCGAUGCGCCUCUGCUCGAGACUCGGUGUGGCAGCGAAGAAUACGCAGCGCCCGAACUCAUCAUGGGCAAGAAGUACGACGGUCGCCAGACCGAUGCAUGGGCUCUCGGCGUGGUUAUGUACGCCAUUUUGACGGGCGUGCUGCCAUUUGUCGAAGAGAAGGACACCGAUGAAGCAGCCAAUCGAGGGAGGAGAGCCUAUCUCAUGAAGAUUGCAAAGGGUGACUAUCGCUGGCCGGAAACGACAUACGAGGGCGAUACGAGCGACGAAAACGAUGUGGACGACGCAAGCAGAUUGGCCACUCCAGAAGCGCGACAAAUCGUCGAGGCUCUACUUGUCCGCAACCCUGGACGGCGAUCGACUAUCGAACAGAUCAUGGCAUUACCAUGGAUGAGCCGCGGCGCAGGGAUGCCGACGCCGAUAGAGCCUGACGACUGUCUGGUCAUGCGCGCCCCGUCCGAUCGGCUAUUGCGCGAGGAACAUGCGUGAAGAGCAGGACAAUAUGUAUGACUGUGCAGUGUACGUAAUCCGUGUCUGUAGUAAUAUGUAUGCUGGAAUGUGCCACAUUUCUAUCAUCACCC